AUGUGGUCAACUUUAACGGAUCGAUUUUCAUUAACACGAUCAUUAGAAAAUCUUGUUGUACAUCGACGAAUAAUAUGUUUAACAGCAGUUAAUGAUUCUCCUACAAAUACCAUUGCUCGAAAGACAAAACCGAAUGGAAUUGAUGAUUACCAACAUAUAAAAGCCUAUCAAAAUAUGAAAUCUCUUAAUUCACCUAAACAUAUUAUGAUGGAUUAUUCGGAUUUAGAACGAAGUAAUAUUUAUGCUGAAACACCACCUAAAGUUAAAUCAACAACACCUAUCAAAGAUUCGACAUCGGCACGUCAACGACCACCAAUACCAGUUCGUACUGAUUCAUCACGUAGUGUUGGUAAUACAUCAAUGUCAUCACAAACGACAACACCAUCUAAUUCAUUUCGUCAAGAUCCAAGAACAAUUAUGAGUCGAUCAACAGAUUCAUCAUCAUCAUCAUCAUCUGGAUUAACAUCGCAAAUAAAAAAUGUUACAAAUAAUAAUACUAAAUCAAAAUCAACAUAUGAUAUUGAAACAGCAAUUUUAUAUAAUAAUAAUAAAUGUUUAAAUAUGAUUACCAGUGCAUAUUCGAAACCAUUACAAUCAGUUAAAGAAGAUGAAUGUCUUGAAGUUAAUAAUAAUAAUAAUCAUCAUCAUGAAAAUUAUUCAAAGGUAAAUAGACUCUAG